CGUGGAACCUUGCCUGGGGUUGCUAUGGAGACAGGACGCUGCAACUUGCAGAGCAACUAGGACCCAGAAAUCGCUUAGCAGAUCUCUCAGCAAAACGACUGUCCUGUGGUCUCCUUCCAUUUCUGCACAACGUCUUUCAUCCAGAACUUUUUUGUUUUAACUCUGUCUAUGGAGGACUCGACUGCCCAGAAGCAAGAAAAAGAAAACCAGGAAUCGGGGGAAGAAGAAAGGCCAUGGGGAGAAAUAACAGCAGCUUCUUCCCAAGAUUUUAAGUCUGGGUUAUCUGAACCUCUGGAGUCGGAGCAGGGGCCUGAGACUGAACCCUAUUCCCGGAGCAGCCCACCUGGGAGCCCGCAGUCUAGAGACAGCGCACCCCUCGGUGACCUCACAGGACCGGGUGCAUCAUCUCCACCUUCGCCUCCUGAGGAGCCCUCUUCCACUCCUCCUCUGGCUCUGUCCGGACAGGGCCUUGAGGCACCACGGCAGGCACACCCGAAUCAUAGUGUGAUUCCCGAAGCUGAGACGCCCCACUCUGACCAUUUGAAACAGUCAUCUGAUAUAGGAGAAUUAACUCAUCUAACAUGCCAAUCAACGGGGAACGCCUUCCCACAGUUUCAGCAAACAAAUGGUCAUUUGUAUGAACCAAGGGAUGUGAGCUGUAGCAACUCUAAACAAAAAGAGCUGAGGUUUGAUAUUUUUCAGGAGGAAGACUCAAACAGUAACUACGAUCUGGAUGAGGCUGAGCCUGAAACGGCCCCCAGUGUGCUUGAGACUGCCAUUCAGAAUGCCAAGGCUUACCUCCUGAAGACCAGUAGCCAGUCGGGCUUAAAUCUAUAUGAUCAUCUUUCUAAUAUGCUGACCAAGAUCUUAGAUGAGCGACCUGAAAAUGCUGUGGACAUCAUUGAAAAUAUUAGCCAGGAUGUGAAGAUGGCACAUUUUAGUAAAAAGUUAGAUACACUCCAAAAUGAGAACGAGAUGCUUCCAACAUAUGAAAUAGCAGAGAAGCAAAAGGCUCUUUUUCUUCAGGGACAUUUGGAAGGAGCUGACCAAGAACUGGAAGAUGAAAUAGCAGGAAACUCUCUUCCAAAUGUAAUGGAAUCAGCGUUUUACUUUGAACAAGCCGGAGUUGGUUUGGGCACAGAUGAGACCUACCGAGUAUUUCUUGCCCUCAAGCAGCUUACUGACACUCACCCUAUCCAAAGAUGCCGUUUCUGGGGCAAGAUCUUAGGCCUGGAAAUGAAUUAUAUUGUAGCUGAAGCAGAACUUCGUGACGGAGAAGAUGAAGAGGAGGCAGAAGAGGAAGAUGUAACUGAAGAGAGAGACAAUGAAGACAGUGAAGGUGAGGAAGAUGAUGAAUUACCAAGGUCGUUCUACAAGGCCCCACAGGCUAUACCAAAAGAAGAAAGCAGAACAGGUGCCAACAAAUAUGUCUAUUUUGUUUGCAAUGAGCCAGGAAGACCAUGGGUGAAGCUACCAUCAGUUACACCCGCACAAAUUGUUAUUGCAAGACAAAUCAAGAAGUUUUUCACUGGGCGAUUGGGAACUCCCAUCAUAAGCUACCCACCUUUCCCAGGAGAUGAGAGCAAUUACUUACGAGCACAAAUUGCCAGAAUUUCAGCAGGGACCCACGUCAGCCCUCUAGGUUUCUAUCAGUUCAGUGAAGAGGAAGGAGAGGAGGAAGAAGAAGUAGAAGGUGGGCGAGAUAGUUUUGAAGAGAACCCUGAUUUUGAAGGCAUCCAAGUGGUUGAUCUGGUGGAAUCCCUGUCCAACUGGGUUCAUCACGUACAACAUAUUCUCCCUCAGGGUCGCUGUAAUUGGUUCAACCCCAUACAAAAAAGUGAAGAGGAGGAAGAAGAUGAUGAUGAAGAAAAAGAAGAAAAAGAAUUUGACUACAUAGAACAGGAAGUGGGGCCUCCUCUCUUGACACCAAUCUCUGAAGAUUUAGAGAUCCAGAGUAUACCACCUUGGACAACACGACUGUGUUCAAACCUCAUUCCUCAAUAUGCUAUUGCUGUUCUCAGAUCCAACCUCUGGCCUGGAGCGUAUGCCUUUUGCAAUGGCAAGAAGUUUGAAAAUCUCUACAUAGGCUGGGGUCAUAAAUACAGUCCAGAGAGCUACACACCCCCAGUUCCACCACCAGUUUGUCAAGAAUACCCCAGUGGACCAGAGCUUACAGAAAUGGAUGACCCCAGUGUGGAAGAGGAGCAGGCGUUCAGGGCUGCCCAAGAAGCAGCUGUACCUCCAGCCGAGGAAAAUGAAGACACUGAUGAAGAUGAAGAGGAUUAUGACUAAUA